UUAUGGGGGGUUUGCUCUUGCCAUCACCGGCUGUCACGUCCGGUUGACGCCCGCCUCCAGUGAACGAGAGCUAUCGCAGCCCCGGCUACCUGGCCAUGUGGAGGAUGCCUCGAGGGGACGUCUUGAACAACAGUCUUCGCAAUAUAUAAACCACAGCCCAUUCGCCGGAUAUUCGACGUCUCCUCAGCACCCUUCUCCACCAUCAAUUCGCUCUUCCCAUCUUCCCAAACACCCUUUGAGCCUCCGCUCCCAGCCAUCUACAGCCAGUACGCAUAUAUCAAGCAGAAGCAGGACAGCAACCAUGAGGUCCCUCAGCAUCACCGCAGUCCUCUCGGCCGUCGCCGCCACGGUAUCGGCCCGCGACUGCCCUCUCGAGUCCGACUGCGUUCAGAAGUCGUGCAAGAACUUCCAGCUCCCGAAAAUCGACGGCGUGGCCUUCAACGUCAACGGCCGAACGUGGAAGCUCACUGCCGACUGCAAGGACAAUGCCGGAAGGAAGACCGUAACCCACCUCUAUCUGGAGGAGUGCCUCGCCAACAUGGACGGCAAUCUAAUCUGGACCCCUGGCGGCGGUUUCAUAUGUUCCGACUGCAAGCUCACAAAGACCGACCCCCUCACUAUGGAGUGCUGGUGCUUGAACAAGAAGGGUAAGGGCAAAACCAGAGUAGUCAACCUCUCCGAGGGCAUCUGGGUCUACGAUGGCGCCAUUGGUUGUUAUCAGACCAGCACCGGGACCGCCUUGAAGACAUACGCUUGGGACAAUUAUAAUGCCGGCCUUCUCAAAUCCCCCGGUAUCGGCGACUACUAAGCUCCGGGAUUUGCGCCGGACCCCUCCUCCCGCUGGAGUAUGUUAUGUGAGGGAUGAGCGGGCCUUCGGAGGGGAGCCUGGAGCAUUCACGGAACCAAGUUGAGGGAAGGGGGGACGCAUUCGGGAAGUAG